UUGAAACUUAAAAGACAUUGUCCAUGAAUACGUACCAUUUAAAUUUAUUAGAAAAAAAUAAAAAUCCACAUGACGAGUGCCAACUUGUUGUAGAUAAUGAAACCACCGUAAAACACAAAAUUGAUUCUGGAAUUUUUAUCGAUACAAGACGCUGUAUCAGAAAACAAUUUGUCAUCAGUGAUGUGCACCCGAAAACAGUAAUAUAUUAUAAAUCAGUAUCAGCUAGAAGAAGAGAAGAAAACAGGCAUCUAAACAAUUACUACUACGUCAUACAUCCGUGUAGUGCUUUUAGUUUGUGGUGGGAGAUAAUGAUGUUCUUUGUUUAUAUCUAUAUGCUAAUAGUUUACUCUUUGGAUGACCUCUUCAUGUUUUCUCCUAAAUAUUUAUAUUAUAUUAAUAUUAUGAAGUUUAUUGGUGACUGUGUAUACGUAGUGGAUAUUAUCCAUAUUUUUGUUACAGGAUAUUAUGACGCUGACCUGAGCAAAAGUAUACUGAAUCCUUGGAAAAUUUGCAAGAAGUAUUUAAAAAGGUAUUUUAUUAUAGACUUAAUUGCUAUAGUUCCUUCAAUUUGUAUUCCAUUUGGAUGGUUAGGUCUUAUAAAUGAAAUCGAAGAUCCUGUAUUAAGAUAUUUGCGUUUCAUUGGCAUCAUUCGGGUCUUCAGACUGGGUCGAGUAUUCAAUGCUCUGGAUCUCAUCAGCAUGUACAAAAAUUUUUCUAUUUACAUUUACAAAAUCACGAAAGUAAUAUUACUGUAUGCAAUAACUUUGUGCGUAAUGUACUUCUUUCUAUUUGUAAUACGAUCCAACAUAAGAAAAUAUCACAAGAGGGCCCUUGACAGCAUUCCUUCUCGAUACCUACAAGCCACCAUGAUGCUAAUGCUGAUUGCCCAUUCUCGUUCCGUAUUAAUCGCGAAUAUUUUGGUGGUGUCAAAUAUAGCGUUUUUUAUGAUUUGUGGUAUGCUGCUAUAUUUAGUUCUAUUUGCCCAACUGUUACAAGCUUUGCGUACAUUUAUCUCAACCAAAACCACUACCAGCACAGUUAUUCAACAGUUUGAAAAAUACAUGAGGUAUAAAGGAUUGCCGAUUGAGUUGCGACAAAAAAUAUAUACUUUCUUUGAUUUCAAAUUCCAACAAGAGUUCUACCAUGAAAAGAGGAUGCACUAUUUUGUAUCAGAUGCGCUUAUGAACAGAAUUUUAAUGGACAUUUGCAGACGUAAAUUUAAAUACACUCAUUUAUUUGUCCAUAUACCCAACUUGGUACUAUUUAAGCUAGUUGGCAAGCUUAAAAGUGCCAUAUACCUAGAGGAUGAUGUUAUUAUGGAUAUUGGUGUACCUAAUGAUUUUGUCUACUUUAUUUUUUAUGGAACACUGGCUGUUUAUGAUCAUAUGGGUCAAGAAAUAUGUCAUUUAGAAGACGGAGCAUCAUUUGGAGAAUUAAGCUUACUGAAAAAUGGCCGUGCUAGUACUGUCAAGAUAAUUGCUGUUGCUCCAACCGAAAUAUUUAAGUUACACAAACAAGACUUUUUCAAUAUUUUAAAGGAUUUUCCUGAAGUUAAAAGAAAAGUUAUUGAAAAGAGUUUUAGCAGAUAUAGUAAAGCUCAAACGGAUUAUUAUUAGUUGUGUUGUAAGAUUAUACUAGCAGU